GAUUUCUUCUGCUCUGGAUCUGCACGGCAACCAACGGUGGUAAUUUUUGCAACGAUCACCAUCUCUCAUCUCGAUCUGCAAGGCGACGAAAAGAGGGUAAGUUCUAGAAUAUGGUAGACUAUUUUUGAAACUAGAUUGUGAGGAGUGACUCCUGAGAGAGAAAUGUUGGGAUCAUUGCCAAUAUUGCCCCUCCCAGCACCACCCACCGAUGGGGAUCUGGGUCCUCUGCCUCAAUCUCAAGUACAGAAUGACCCCAAGGAUGAGCAUAUGCAGGAGGCUGAGAAUGAUCAGAAUAAGUCAAAUUCCACCCCGGCUUCAAUUGCCACACACACCAGAACAAUUGGUAUCAUACACCCUCCCCCUGACAUCAGGACGAUAGUGGACAAAACUGCAAGUUUUGUGGCAAAGAAUGGACCCGAGUUUGAGAAAAGGAUCAUUGUUAGCAAUGCCGGAAAUCCCAAGUUCAAUUUUUUGAAUGCUUCAGAUCCCUAUCAUGCCUAUUACCAGCAUCGACUGUCUGAGUUCCGUACUCAGAAUCAAACCCCAUCUCUUUUACCUCAGCAAUCUGAUGCACCUGCUCCUGAGUCAACCCCUUCUGCUGCUCCUGCAGAUGGCAAUAAUGCAACUGAGAAGACUGAUCCCUCAGCAAAGUUUAGACCCAUUCGGAAAGUUCUGGAUCCCCCAGAGGCUGAGCAGUUCACAAUUCGGCUUCCAGAGGGUAUUACAGGGGAGGAGUUGGACAUUAUUAAACUUACCGCACAGUUUGUGGCACGGAAUGGCAAGUCCUUUUUAACUGGAUUAACUAGUAGAGAGAAUAACAAUCCUCAAUUUCACUUUUUGAAGCCCACCCACAGUAUGUUUAUGUUCUUCACAUCACUCGCGGAUGCCUACUCUAAAGUCUUGAUGCCACCUAAAGGGUUGACAGAUAAGCUGAAAAAAAGCGUUACUGAUAUGACCACUGUACUUGAACGGUGUUUGCACAGACUCGAGUGGGAGCGUUCCCAGGAGCAGGCAAGGCAAAAAGCCGAGGAUGAGAUAGAACAGGAAAGACUACUCAUGUCUAUGAUUGAUUGGCAUGAUUUCGUUGUUGUUGAGACCAUAGAUUUUGCAGAUGAUGAAGAUGAGGAUUUACCUCCUCCAAUGACUCUAGAGGAGGUUAUUAGGAGGAGCAAGAUGUCAGCUGUGGAGGAGGAAGAGAUUGUUGAACCUGGGAAAGAAGUGGAAAUGGAAAUGGAUGAAGAAGAGGUACAACUUGUUCAAGAAGGUAUGCGGGCGGCAAGUCUUGAUGAAAACAGUGAUGAUACAAAGGAUGUGAGGGUGAUUCCGGAGGAAAACGAACCUCCAAUGAGGAUUGUGAAGAACUGGAAGAGGCCUGAGGAUAGGCUUCCGGCAGAGAGAAACCCGACUAAAUAUGUUGUUUCGCCAAUCACGGGUGAACUUAUUCCGGUCAACGAGAUGUCUGAGCAUAUGCGUAUUUCUCUUAUUGAUCCCAAGUACAAAGAACAAAAGGAGAGAAUGUUUGCAAAGAUUAGGGAGACUACGCUUGCCCAGGAUGACGAAAUCUCCAGAAAUAUUGUUGGCCUUGCACGGACCCGUCCUGAUAUAUUUGGGACCACAGAGGAAGAGGUUUCGAAUGCAGUUAAGGCGGAAAUCGAAAAGAAGAACGAUGAGCAGCCAAAACAGGUUAUUUGGGAUGGACACACUGGUAGUAUUGGCCGCACUGCAACUCAAGCUAUGUCCCAGAAUGCAGAGGAUCAAAUUGACGGUGUAAAUGAUGGAAGGAAUCUUCCUGGUCCUGCAGCUCCUCCUCCUAGACCUGGUGUUCCAUCAGUUCGGCCACUUCCUCCACCACCUGGGCUUGCCUUGAAUCUUCCUCGUGUGCCGCCUAAUGCCGCCCAAUACUCGACUGUAACCAGUGGUGGUCUGCCACCUCCGUCUAGGCCGCCAUCAAUGGUUACACCACUACGUCCGCCACCACCCCCGAUGCAAAUAAAUUAUGGACAACAAGCUUACAUGAUGAAUCGGCCACCACCACCGCCAAUGCAGCAGUCUAUGUCCGUCAACCCACCUAGUAUUCCGGUGCCGCCACCACCAGGAUCUCAGUUCACGCCGCUUGCACCCCGUCCUUUUGCUCCCCUUUCCAUGCCCCAGCAUGGCAUGCCGAUGGUUCCUCCACCACCUAUGCCUCAAGGAAUGCCGCCACCACCACCACCACCAGAGGAAGCUCCUCCUCCGCUUCCUGAAGAACCUGAGCCAAAGAAGCAAAGACUAGAUGAUUCUUUGCUUAUCCCCGAGGAGCAGUUCAUGGCUCAACAUCCGGGACCCGUUCGUAUUAGUGUAUCGGUGCCAAAUGUUGAUGAAGGAAAUCUGAAAGGGCAAGUAUUGGAGAUCAGUGUUCAGUCGUUGUCUGAGACGGUUGGCAGUUUAAAGGAGAAGAUUGCUGGAGAGAUUCAGCUGCCUGCAAACAAACAGAAACUGAGUGGGAAGGCUGGGUUUCUCAAGGACAACUUAUCUCUUGCAUAUUAUAAUGUUGGUGGAGGCGAAAUGCUUUCUUUGUCUUUGAGAGAACGUGGCGGUAGGAAGAGGUAAGCGGUAACUCCGAUCUCUCAACAUUCAUUCAUGUAUUACCAAAAUAUAUAGAAGAUUGCAUUGCUGUUUCAAAUUCAAUAGAUUGUUAACAUCGUGGUAAGGAUGAUAUAGACAAUCGGGAUGUAGCUGUACAUUGGUUUUGCUUCUGCUACUUAUAUCUAAUUUUGCCUUUAUUUU